AUGUUGAGCAAUCAACUGUUGACGAAACGAUACACAUUAGUAGCCACAGCUCUCAUUAUAUCUAUUGUUCUCGUCGCCAGUUUCCGCGAUGCCAUUCCCAUCCAGGACUACCGCAACUUUGCCUUCAGCGAGACCGUAGUACCGAUCCAGACGAGCAACAACGGCCCGCAGCCAGCACACUAUAAGACGCAACCGGAAUGGAACUGGGUAGUCCCCAAAUACGCCAGCAGUUUUGACGGAUAUGCCCGGAAACCACGGAACAAGGAUGUCAUUGUCUUGACAGCUAGUGAUGGACUCGGCCACAACAGUGAAAUCCCCAACCUGCUGGACAAAGUUCUGGACGACCGGGCAAAGUACUGCGCCAAGCAUGGGUACACGAAUCUCUGGCUCAACACCAGCCGAUACGACGUCGGAGACUCUCACAGGGUGUGGUCCAAGAUCCCCGCUCUCGCAGAAGCAUUCUACCUGUAUCCCAGUGCAGAAUGGGUAUGGCUGAUGGACGCCGACAUGGUGCUAAUGAACCACGACUACUCGCUCGUAUCGGAAAUUCUGAGUCCCGCCGCAAUCGACAAAGGCAUUCUCCGGAACCAGCCGCUCCUGACAGGCAGCCUGAAGAACGCCAUGUACGAGAACCUGCACACGCCCAGCGACUACCGCGUCGAGAACAUCGAUAUCCUGCUGACGCAGGACCACCACUCCAUCAACGCGGGCUCCGUUUUCUUCCGCCGCUCCGCCUUCACCCGGUUUUUCCUCGAGGCCAUGACCGACACCAUGCUGACGGGCCGCGAGCACGGCAACGCCGAGCAAGACGCCAUUCUGCACAUGAUUCUCGAGCACGAGCUCGUGCGCAAGCACGUCGGCGUGUAUCCCCAGCGCAAAUUCAACUCGUACACCGAGGGCGGCGACAAGAUGGGCUACAAGGAGGGCGAUCUCGCAGUCCAUUUUGCAGGCUGCUGGGUCGAGCACAAUUGCGUCGAACGCUUCAACAAAUAUGCUGAGUAG